UCCCGAACGCCCUAAGAAGAGGUAAGCAAACAUGAGAAGUUCGCAACGCUUCCGUUUACAACACUUCACUGACCAGGUUAUACAAAAUAUGGUUUUCCUGGGAUUGACUAUGCUCCUAAGCAGCAAUGUGGAAGCUGGAGGGAAGUUUUAUACAGAAGCAUGUGGAGGAAGAGAUUGCAGCGGAGUUUGCGAAUGUUUCCCAGAAAAAGGAGCACGUGGCCAGCCAGGACUACUUGGACAGCUGGGACCCCCCGGCCCACCUGGAUUGGAAGGUAUCCCAGGACUGCCUGGGCACAAUGGAGACAAAGGCGAAAGAGGCAGACCAGGAAUAACUGGUCCAAAGGGAGAAGUGGGACAAAGAGGGGUCACUGGCUUUUCUGGUGCAGAUGGUGUACCUGGUCAUCCAGGUCAAGCAGGAUCAAGAGGGAAACCUGGCCACGAUGGCUGCAAUGGGACCAAGGGAGAUCCUGGUCAGCAGGGAAGCCAAGGGUCUGGAGGCUUGCCUGGUUUCUUUGGAAUCCAAGGACCCAAAGGCCAGAAGGGGGACCUUUUUGUGCUGACUCCAGAAUUAGCCAGACCGUUCAGGGGAGACCCUGGUAAUCCAGGAUUGAUGGGCUUCCCUGGACCUCAAGGUGCCCCUGGUCUGGUGGGUGCAUUUGGUCCACUUGGAAACCCAGGUCUACCUGGGCCUCCAGGGCCACCAGGAUCCCCAGGACUUAAAGGCAACAGAGGUCUUGGCUUUUAUGGAGAAAAGGGUAACAAGGGUGAUGUUGGUCCCCCGGGCCCUGCUGGGCGUCCAUCAACUGGAGAGUUUGCCACUUCAACUGAUGUAAUUCCAAGUGAAUACAAGGGUACGAAAGGAACAAAAGGCAUAAGAGGAGAAAUUGGAAUUCCGGGUUUUCAUGCACAUAUAGCAGAAAAGGGAGAAGAAGGAGUAACAGGCUUUCCAGGACAAAGAGGUUUACCAGGAAUCAAUGGUCUAAAAGGAGCUGAAGGGGAUGCAGGUAUCCGAGGCUAUUCUGGCAUCCCUGGAAUUCCUGGUCAAAAAGGAAUGAAGGGAGAGCCAGGAGAGAGAGGUGUUCAAGGACUACCAGCUUACACACGUCAUCCCAUACUAAUAAAAGGUUCAAGAGGUGACCAGGGAGUACGUGGUGUUCCUGGGCCUGAGGGAGACAGAGGCAAGCAAGGCAGUCCUGGCAUACCUGGUCCACAAGGAUCAUCUGGCGAUGUCUCUGUAAGAAGAGGUUUGCCUGGAGAAAUGGGGCCCAAAGGUUUUAUUGGUAAUCCAGGCAUCCCAGCUAUUCAUGAAGGUCCUCCAGGUUCAGAUGGUGAGCCUGGAUCUCCUGGUUUUCCUGGCCCCCCUGGCCCUCCAGGAAGCCCAGAUUAUAGUGCUGGGCUGAAGGGUCUCCCAGGGGUUUCUGGUUCUGCAGGAUUUCAAGGUUACCCAGGUCCACGAGGAUUAAAGGGAAUGAAAGGUGAUGUAGGAGAUUGUAAAUGUGCUGGAAGUACUGAAGGAAAAAUGGGUCCCGCCGGGCAACCUGGUCCACCGGGCUUUCCAGGCCCUAUAGGUCAGCUUGGGAGAAAAGGAGAAAUUGGAGAUCAAGGCCAGCACGGGAUUCCUGGUUUCCUUGGUGCAAAAGGAUUCCCUGGAGUACCUGGACUUCCUGGACAAAAAGGACAAAAAGGCGAUUCCCCGUAUGUUAAAACAAAAGGUGACAAAGGAGAUCAAGGAAUUCCAGGAAUUCUUGGCGCUAAAGGAGAAGAUGGUUUGCCAGGCAGAGAUGGCAAAGAUGGAUUUCCAGGACUUCCUGGGCUUCAGGGAGAUGGUGUAAGAGGUGAAGACGGGGAUGAUGGUGAACCAGGUCCUCCAGGCCCUAAGGGUUUUCCAGGUGAAAUUGGUCUGCCUGGUAUUGGUUUGCCAGGCCCCAAAGGAUAUCGUGGCCCUUCAGGUGACCCUGGAAUAUAUGGAAAGCCUGGUUUUCAAGGCCCUCCGGGGCCCCCAGGCCCUCCUGCUGAAAUAGAUUGUGUACAAAGAGUGGAAGACUUUAUUAGAGAUAAUAAAACUGAACCAGUUCAAUCAGGGACUGUCUGCAUUAAAACUCCAAAGGGAGCUUCAGGUAACCCAGGUCUGCCAGGACUAAGAGGGGCAACAGGUGCAAAAGGUAUUCCAGGUGAACCAGGUCUUCAUGGAUCAAAAGGGCUGAUAGGCCCUCAAGGGGAACGAGGACAUGAAGGUUUAGCAGGCCCACCAGGAUUUAUUGGGCCCAGAGGAAACAGAGCUGCACCAGGAUUGCCUGGGAAACAGGGCAUUCCAGGCAGCCCUGGUUUGCCAGGAUUGCCAGGACCACCAGGGGUGAAAGGAAUUACAGGUGAUAGACUAGGAGCACCAGCAGGCUCCCAAGGUGAUCCUGGACCACCUGGAUUUCCAGGACCAAAAGGACUCCAAGGGGAUCAAGGAAUACCAGGAUUUAGAGGAAAUGAUGGCAUUCCAGGUCCACCCGGAGCCAAAGGGCAACAUGGAUCUCCUGGGCCUGUUGGCUUGAUUGGUGUUCCAGGACCACAAGGAUCAUUUGGAUUUCCUGGACUGCUGGGCCAACAAGGACCCAUGGGCAGAAUAGGUUCACAAGGAUUCGUUGGUUCACCUGGCUCCAAAGGGGAUUCAGGAGAUCCAGGAAAACCUGGUCCUGUAGGCAUGAAAGGUCUGGAAGGCAACAAAGGUGAACCUGGUUUCUUUGGACCUAAGGGCAAAGCUGGUGAGGCUGGUCUCUCUGGAAUAGACGGAAUGCCUGGUCUCCCAGGUCUGAAAGGUGAUAAAGGCUUUCCUGGCCUUGAAGGUUUCAAAGGUGCUGUGGGCAUCAAAGGGUGGCCUGGAUGGAAAGGAGUCCAGGGAGAGCGUGGCCUCGUCGGUAGACGAGGUGUUCAAGGGAUACCCGGUGAUCCAGGAUGGAAAGGUGACCGUGGAGAACGUGGUCCACCAGGAGCACCCCCUAAAAUCAUGCCAAGCAUGCUGCUGGAAAUGAAAGGGGGGAAAGGAGAUGAAGGAGAAACUGGUGUCAAAGGACAUUUUGGUUUCAAAGGCAGUAAAGGAACACUAGGCUUCCCUGGCCAGACAGGAAGUUCAGGUUUACCUGGAUUACAAGGUUAUGAAAAAGGUCAGAAAGGAGAUAUUGGGAUUAAAGGAAUAAAAGGCGUUCUUGGAUAUGGUGGUGUUCCAGGGCACCGUGGUAUUCCUGGCUUCCCUGGAACCACAGGACCCAAGGGAGAAAAAGGUCUUCCAGGGAUCUCUGGUACAUUUGGUGGAAUUGGCCAACCUGGGGAAAUUGGCAAUAGAGGUGAUACAAUAAACUUGCCAGGAAGGGCCGGUUUUAAAGGGGAUGCUGGGAUAACUGGACCCACAGGGGUGAAAGGAGCCAUAGGAGAAAAAGGUGAAGGAGGUGAUUCAGGUUUUUCUGGCACUGAAGGCAUGAAGGGCUCUCAAGGCUCCCCUGGUUUAAGAGGGCAAGGAGGAUUUCCAGGGCAAGUUGGGGAACAAGGUUUGUCUGGAGAUCCAGGUAUUCCUGGAUUAUCAGGUGAAAAAGGAAGUUCUGGAUGGGCUGGGAUUCCAGGAGAAAAAGGUUCCCCUGGCUUCAGAGGAAUCACUGGAUUAUAUGGUUUGGCAGGUACUAAAGGCUUGCUAGGAUCACCAGGUCCAGAUGGAUACGGCCAACCAGGUUUUUCAGGUGUUUUGGGCGACAGAGGUGCAGUAGGAGAGACAAGUGCUAUUGAAGGCAGUAGUGGACCUCCAGGCCAGAAAGGAGAAAGAGGAGAUCCAGGACAGCGAGGCUCAGCUGGUAGUCCUGGACCUGAUGGAAGGCCAGGUGUUCCUGGAGUUUCCAAUAUAUCGGGAAUACCUGGCAUCGUUGGAUCACCAGGUUUGGAUGGAGUGCCAGGCUACCCAGGUCCUCCAGGGAGACCUGGAAUUGUUGCUCCACCUGGAAUCAAUGGAGAAAUGGGAGAAAUAGGUAUGGUGGGUGAAGAUGGUCCAAAAGGAGUUAGAGGUAACCAGGGCGCAGAUGGAAGACCUGGAAUACCAGGUUUGGCUGGAGUAAAAGGAAAGAAAGGUGAACAAGGAGUCAUGGGCUUUGUUGGCAUAGUGGGAAUUCAUGGUGACUUUGGCCCCACUGGCCCCAAAGGAGACAGAGGGGCUACUGGAUUUCAGGGACCUCCAGGCUCCCCUGGACUGCCUCCUGUCCUUCCCAAACUGGUGGCUGAGCAAGGGUCGCUAGGUGCUCACGGAAGUAGAGGGCCUGAAGGCACUUUGGGCGAAAUGGGUCCUCAAGGUCCACCAGGAGAUCCAGGUUUGGGAGGCCCAUCAGGUAAACAAGGACUGCAAGGAAGAGGAGGACUGUCAGCCUCUCCAGGCUUCAGAGGUGAUCAAGGGAGUGUGGGACUGCAAGGGCCGGGAGGCUUUGAAGGUGCAGCGGGUGGUCCAGGAAAUCCUGGACUGCCAGGUAUGGCAGGCCGCAGCAUUAACAUAGGAUACCUUCUGGUGAAGCACAGCCAGUCUGAUCAAGAGCCAAUGUGUCCAGUGGGUAUGAACAAAUUGUGGAGUGGCUACAGCUUACUAUAUUUUGAAGGACAAGACAAAGCACAUAAUCAGGAUCUGGGCCUGGCUGGGUCAUGUUUGGCUCGAUUCAGCACAAUGCCUUUUCUUUACUGCAACCCUGGGGACGUCUGUUAUUACGCCAGCCGCAAUGAUAAAUCCUACUGGCUCUCCACCACAGCCCCUCUCCCAAUGAUGCCUGUGGAAGAAGAAGAAAUCAGAGCUUAUAUCAGCCGUUGCUCAGUCUGUGAAGCUCCAGCUGUUGCUAUAGCUAUUCACAGCCAAGACAUUACUAUUCCACACUGCCCUGAUGGAUGGCGCAGUUUAUGGAUCGGUUAUUCCUUUCUAAUGCACACUGCAGCUGGUGCUGAAGGAGGUGGCCAGUCCCUCGUUUCUCCAGGGAGCUGCCUAGAAGACUUCAGAGCAACACCCUUCAUCGAAUGCAACGGUGCUCAGGGGACCUGCCACUACUUUGCAAACAAAUACAGUUUCUGGCUUACUACUAUUGACCAUCAAUUUCAACAUUCACCCUCAUCAGAUACACUCAAGACUGGACUUAUCCGAACACACAUAAGUAGAUGCCAAGUUUGUAUGAAAAAUUUGUAAAGAAAGGGGAGGAAGCACUCCUAAAUGGCAAGGAACAAAACUCAUUGGAGUUUAUUUAACUUAUUGCCUCAAAAUUUUUAAGAAGACAUUUAUUCUCAUUUUAUCUAGAAGAACAAACCAUUGCAAACGCUUAGUACCAAGUUGUAGUUUCUGCUAUCAUUCAUAUUAUUUUCUAGUUAGCUUUUGUACUGAUACAAACUGUAGACUUCUCUUGUGAGACUAAAAUAACAGACAAUAUUUAAUUACCUAACACAAUUGCUAUCCAUUAGGUCUGAUUUACAGCACUAAUUGGAUUAUGUGUUUAUUCUAUCUCUGGAAAUAAUUAAGUCAUAGUUCAUGGUCACUGAAUAGUAACUAAACAUUAAAAGAGACGUGCAGACUACACUGUGAUCAGCUG